GGCCCCGUUUCUAUUUGGAAAAGCUGCCCACCGUCCAAGACGCAACCAGAGAGGAGAGGCGCCGGGGCGAGAACAACCUGAUCCUGCAGUGCCGGUAAACGGAGAGACACGCAGAGGGAAAGGAGAGACGCUGAGAAAAAGAGAGAGAGAGAGAGGCGCAGUCUAUGAGAGAGAUUUAAACUGCAGCCAAGUGAUUCGCGCUGGGAUGAGAAUAAUCUGAGUUUUGCAGCCGGGCGUCCAGAGAAUUACGCACCAAGAGCGAUUCCGAAGGAAAACCAACUUUUACGCACGGAUGUUUGGACAUAUGGGGUCUCAGCCACGACGGGCAGGCUGUCUUGAGCGUCUCACGAACAUAAUAUAAAAGUAUAAAUGCGAGUUUUGAAUGCGAGCUCGACAUCUGGAUGUUUUUAUUAAAUGGAUUUUAACCGUCAGCGGGGACGCAUCAUGCACUUUGGCACAUGUUGUCUGAUCGUUUUGUAAAUCACGUUUUUGGAGACAUUCCUGGACUCUUUGCGGGACCUGGGACGCGCUCUCCUGUACUGCAUACUGAGCUGCGCUGCUGUAGUCCGCGUAUAUCAUAAAAUCCAAUCCAGUUCUGCAUUACGCACCUGCCCCAUGGUACCCUUGACGUCUCCUUUGUGACUUUUCAAUACAAGGGAAUGGACAGAGUCAGCCGUCUAGCCUGGGAGUGAGUCACCGUGAGCAAACACUUGGACAGCGGCUCUUACGCAGUGACAUAUUUGAGGAUAUUUAACAGUGCCUGACACAACCGACCAGCUCGUAACACCGGGACGAGGCUCGGUGUAACCGGGGGAUUGGACGCCGAGGUGCUAAAUGCCCAGCCGGUCGCUUGCGGCUCCUCAGGCUGGGCGGCAACAUGAGGUCCUGGGUCCUGCUGCUGCUGCUGGCUGCGCUCUCAGCGGCCCGUCUGCGGCUCGGCAGCGCUGAGGGCGAUCCUCUCCCUCUGUCGCUGGUCGACUUGGUGAGGAACUCUCCCAUCUCCUCUGUGGAAGACCUGAAACUGCUGCUGCAGCAGGAGACCGGCUCCAUAGAAGAAGAAGAAGAAGAAGACGAGCACGAUAGUCUUACAAACCACACCCAUGGCCGAUAUGCAAGAAGUCUUGUGGAGGCGCAGCCGGCCCAGCAGGCGGUGUGUAAAGUCCGGACGGAGGUCAUGGAGGUGACCAGGGCCAUGCUGGACCGCCGCAACGCCAACUUCCUGCUGUGGCCGCCGUGCGUGGAGGUGCAGCGCUGCUCGGGCUGCUGCAACACGCGGCUGCUGCAGUGCGUCCCCACCGUCACCGCCACCAGAUACCUGAAGGUGAUAAAGAUCCAGUACAUAAACAGGAAUGCUCACUAUGACAACGCCGUCAUCUCAGUGGAAGACCACAUCAGCUGCAGGUGCCAAGGUCCCACCUCCACCUCCUCCUCCUCCUCCUCCUCCUCCUCCUCUUCAUCCUCAUCCGUUGCCAUCCCUCGUUCCCCCGUCCAGGCCAACCCCAACCCUCCUCCGCCUCCCCCGCAGCAGCCGCCCCCCUCCUCCCAUAUGCCCCUAAGCCUUCCCCGGCCGGUCCACCCCGCCCCGCCCAAGUCGCACGCCUCCAAGGCCGACCUCCAUCGCCAUGACGACCUGAAGCACAACCAGCAGCGUUACCACCUGGAGGAGCGCGAGCCGGUGGCCAGGCCGUGGCAGCAGGGCCGGUACACCCAGCUGGCGCACUGGACGCCGUCCAGGGCGCACGGGGCGGGCGGCGGCUGGCCGUCCGAGGCGAGGGCGGAGCCGGGAGCCCAGCAGGCGCCGAGGGAGGGCGCGCAUGGCAGCGGGUAUGACGGGAGCAGGGAGGAGGGCGGCGCGCACGCUUCACACGGCGCGGGACAGGGGCAUCAUCCCGAUCACGCGCAGAGGCAGCAGCAGCUGUUGCAGUAUCAGCAGCAAUAUCAGUAUCACCAACAGCAGCAACACUACCCACAGCAGCCGUAUCACCAGUACAACCACGGCGAGGAGCAAGACCUGCGGACGCAAUACAGACUCGACACCGCCCAAUCAGACAGCGCCUCCCCACCCAGCGGCCCCCCGACCCAGCUGCCCAAUCAGAAAUCAGAGCGGAAGCCCACUCCUCCCGUAACUGCCAAUCAGAAAGACUUAGCCAAAGAGGUGAGCGGUGACAAAAGCCAAAAAGACACAGACGCGACAAAUCGCAAACAGACAGAGACUGAAGGAGCCAAUCAUAAAGAAGGGAACGAGAGGGAGGAGAGCGGCUCGGCCAAUAGCGGGGACUCGGUCAGAGCCGAGCCAGCCAAUCAGGAGCAACAGGACAAAGACUCUGAGCUGACCAACGGGGAGCGUCCUCUCACGGAGGAGGAGAGGAGGCAGAAGCUCCUCGACGUCGUAGAGAAAGAGGCGGAUCAGCAGACACAUCAUCAUCAUCCUCAUCAUCCUCACCCUGCAGAUCAUCAUCAUCCUCAGCACAGACCAAAGCCAACCGCACUCAAUGCAGCUCUCCCCACGGUGGCCCCCAGCACACCCCCGGCACGUCGGGCCCCGUUCAGACCAGCCUUGCCUCGCCGCAGGAGGAAACACCGCAGCCGCAUCAGCAAAGCAGCCAUCAGAGCCAUGAUCAUGUAGAGCUGCAGGAACUGGUGAAGCUGUUGGCCGGACAUUGCUCCCAAGGAACAGGACGAACUGGAAAUGGGGGGGAUGUUUUCCAUGAAUGUCGGACGUUGGGACUGAAGUUGUGGAUGGACGGACGCGCAGCCGAUGGCCGAUGCUGCUGUUGUGAAAGGACAGUUUCAGAGGACGGUGCCAUUUCUGCUCCACUCAUUAGGACAGCACAUUGUCUGCCUGUCGAAGAGCCUCCAACUUCGCAGGAGGUUCUACAUGAUAACGGUGCAAUUUUCCUCUCGGGACCGGAGGACGUUUGUCACACUAAACACUGGAUGUCAUCUGUGUGAACUAAAAAAAAAAAAAAAAAAAAAAAAAAACCCAUCCGCUUUGAUCACUGGAAGCUUAUUGGACAUCUGAGAGUGGAGUGUGGUCUCUUGCAUCAGCGGACAGCCAUUGAUUGGCCGCCCGAAUGCGUUUAACUUUUCCUGAUUGGUUUGCAAAUUGAAAACGGGACUUGAUUGGUCUAGAACAACUGGUGUUUAACGCCUCGUUGAGACUCGGCAACUGGCUGUUUUGGCUAAACUCGGAGUUGAAGUCGACUGAAGAUGACUCGAGAGCGAGAAAUGCGAUGUGGAAAACUUAAUGGUUUAUACUGGGAUUUCUACACUGGUAACUGGAAACAGGCUCUGUACUGUAAUGUGUGGACGGUGGAAGCGAAGGAAAGUGCAGCUCUAGGCCUCCAAGCCAAACAUUACUGUUAUCCUACAAUGUCUGAAUCUAACGUAACCUAACACUGGAGUAGCCAUACACUGAUCAUACAACAUUGACCUAGAGACGUACUCUGCCGUGUACUGUAGCUUAAUGUACUGGAAAAUAGAAACGAUAACGUGCUCAUUUUGUACUACUGCCAGAUCAAAUGAAAUAACAACCAAAUGCCUGCCUAGAUAAUGAGCUAUGAGUAACCACGUAAACCAAGUCCCAAGGACCUGGCUUUUAGAAAUCGCUGUGAGCAAGUUAUAGCCAACACUGUAUGUAUAAACGCUUUUAGAAAAUGAUUUCUGGGGAAAAAAACAAAACAAAACAAAACAAUACAAAACAAAACAAAACAGAACAACUUUAUUUCUUAACUUAUUUAAAAAAGGAGGAUGUGAGAUCCUCCCAUUCUCAAGUGUAAUUAUUGUUGCCGACGUUGUUUCGGUUGGUUGUACACUGUUAUUGUCAUGAAUGUUAUUUUUAAUAUAAAGUAAAAAAAUGUUCAAGAAAUAUAA